AUGUCACUGCUACUCAUUCUUAUCAGCUUCGUCUAUUUACGUCUAAUAACAGCAGAAGAAAAGUGUCUUAUCGGAUACUAUUGUGCUCAUAAUGGCACGGUCGACAAUUAUUGUAAUAUGAAAAUGGGACACACGGCGAUGAGUUCUGCAGGACAGUCAACGUGUAUUCCGGAUUUGAAAAUUAAGAAUGUGUUUGGUGAUGAUGCCCGGGUUCAGGUUACUUCAAAAGAUUAUCCAUGGCGUGCAAUUGGAUAUUUAAAUACCGGAUGUACAGGAACGUUAGUUGGACGAGAUCUAGUAUUAACUGCAGCUCAUUGUGUGAUCGAUUCGAAUACUCAACAACUGAAUAAUAUUAGGACUUUCUAUCCGAAUCAAAUAAAUGGAAAGGCGGAAGAUUCGUCCGAAAUCACUUGGGUUUGGUGGGGAACAACGAAACCAGAUACGUAUCGUGAAGAUGAUUGGGCUCUUUUACGUUUGAAGAAGCCAUUGGGUGAUCAAUACGGAUAUUUUGGAUAUAAAACUCUUGACGACAGUGCAAUGCUAGCUGCGCAGGGAACAUUAGUGGGAUAUUCGGUGAAUUUUCUCAACGGUCGAACAGCUGGAGCACACAUCGGAUGUCACAUUAUGAAGAAACUACGUAACAAUUUCUAUCUUCACAAUUGUCACAGUGGUCGAGGAUCCAGCGGCGGUCCGAUUUUUGCAUUCUGGGAUAAUAGUCCGUAUAUUUACGCUUUGAACGUAGCUGAGUACAGAAAUGGUGGCACAGAAAGUUUAUGGUUAUCUCAAUAUACGGAAACAAAUGCCAAUAUUGCUAUAUGGUCGCAACAACUCUUUGAAAAGAUUGACGAACUUCGAAAGUCUUGA